CGGGAUGGCGGGGUCCCGGCUGUCACUCUGCGAGCCAGCUGGCCUGGGUUCUGGGACCAGAGCUGUUGCUGCCUUGCGUGACCCUUACUCACUUUUCCCCUUUGGGCUUCGGCUCGUUUGCAGAACGGGGAGAAUCGUUUUUGAUCGAUUGGUGGAUUGAUGGGUUCAUUCAUUCUAGGUGCUUUACUACGUUGUGUUUGCUAGAGAUGCAUAGACAGCGCCUACCCGUGAGGGGUUCACAGUCUAGUGAGAAAAUCCCCACCUUACAGCAAAUCCUGAGGAGAAGAUGACCGUGUUCUUUAAAACGCUUAGAAAUCAUUGGAAGAAAACAACGGCUGGGAUCUGCCUGCUGACAUGGGGAGGCCAUUGGCUGUAUGGAAAACACUGUGACAACCUGCUAAGGAGAGCAGCCUGUCAAGAAGCUCAGGUGUUUGGCAAUCAACUCAUUCCUCCCAACGCACAAGUGAAGAAGGCGACGGUUUUUCUCAAUCCUGCAGCUUGCAGAGGCAAAGCAAGGACUCUAUUUGAAAAAAAUGCUGCCCCGAUUUUACACUUAUCUGGCAUGGAUGUGACUGUCGUUAAGACCGAUUAUGAGGGCCAAGCCAAGAAACUCCUGGAACUGAUGGAAAACACAGAUGUGAUCAUCGUUGCAGGAGGAGAUGGUACAUUGCAGGAGGUUAUUACUGGAGUUCUUCGAAGAGCAGAUGAGGCUUCCUUCAGUAAAAUUCCCAUUGGAUUUAUCCCACUGGGACAGACCAGUAGUUUGAGUCCUACCCUCUUUGCCGAAAGUGGAAACAAAGUCCAACAUAUUACAGAUGCUACACUUGCCAUUGUGAAAGGAGAGACUGUUCCACUUGAUGUCUUGCAGAUCAAGGGUGAAAAGGAACAGCCCGUGUUUGCAGUGACUGGCCUUCGAUGGGGAUCCUUCAGAGAUGCUGGCGUCAAAGUUAGCAAGUACUGGUAUCUCGGGCCUCUAAAAACCAAAGCAGCUCACUUCUUCAGCACUCUUAAGGAGUGGCCUCAGAUACAUCAAGCGUCUAUCUCGUACACGGGACCUACGGAGAGACCUCCCACGGCAGCAGACGAGACCCCUCCGCGGCCCUCUUUGUACAGGAGAAUAUUACGCAGGCUCGCGUCAUACUGGGCACAGCCGCAGGACGCCCUUUCCCAAGAGGUGAGCCCUGAGGUCUGGAAAGAAGUGCAGCUGUCCACCAUCGAACUGUCCAUCACAACGCGGAACAGUCGGCUUGACCUGACGAGCAAAGAAGACUUUAUGAACAUCUGCAUUGAACCCGACACUGUCAGCAAAGGAGACUUCAUAACUAUAGGAAGCAAAAAGGUGAGGGACCCCGAGCUGCGUGUGGCCGGUACCGAGUGUCUCCAGGCCAGCCAGUGCACUCUGCUGCUUCCCGAGGGAACGGGGGGCUCCUUCAGCAUCGACAGUGAGGAGUACGAGGCCAUGCCCGUGGAGGUGAAGCUGCUCCCCAGGAAGCUGCAGUUCUUCUGCGAUCCCAGGAAGAGGGGACAACUGCUGCCCAGCACGGCCCCGUGAGCCGUCGGGGGAGCCGGCCACCCCCACGCUGCACUUUAGGCCUCAGAUGGGACCACGAGGGAACCGAAGCCUCCCCUGUCCCCGCAGUGUUGUCACAGGACCCCAGGGCACCUCCAUGGCAAGUACCCUGCCCUCGCAGCGCUUCCCCCCCCCCGCCCCGCCCCGCCCCGCCCCGCCCUCCGAGCCUCCCGCUAGCGCAUGCUCAGCCUUGGCUGUGCGCCUCGCUCCCUUCUCCGCGGUGGCGCGGCGCCGCCCCCCCCCCAGAGAACCCUCCCCGCCCCCCGCUGGGAAAGGGCCCGACCUCGGUCGUCCCCCCACACGUGCAGCCACCGUCGGGGCCUUCCCCGCCUUGCUCCUGGGACUUGACGGGUGCCGGUGCCUGCCUGCCCCGCUCCUCUCCUUUUUCUCGGCUUCUCCAUGGGUGCUGCUACUUUCCGAGCUCAGAUUCGAAUUAAGCUUGUUAAAGUUCUUCCCUCAAUCCGAAAACAGGGCAGGUGUUUCCCUCUUCAGCCACGGCUGAAAAACUGUAACUGGCUAGUUUGUAUUAUUUUUUUUAAAGUAGUGCUUAACUAUGGGUUUGCAUGAGAACCACCUGGGGUGCAUGUUGAAAACUGACGGGCUUGGGGCCCACCCCUUUCCUGGUCACUCAGGCUGGGGCCCAGGAAUCUGCAUUUUUUAAAAAAGCAGGCACCCUCCCCCAGGUGCUUCUAUUCCGAGGUCCCCCAACCUCACCUGUUCAGCGUUGUAAAGCACACCCCCCACUAUUAUGCUCAUGCACCCCCUAAAAGCAUUUUGAAAGAUCAUGUAUCCCCUCACUUUCUAGAUAUCAACUUGAGUUGCCAAAGUAUGUGUUUCCUGGUGUCAUGUAAAUAUUAUUUUAAAAUAAAACUGUUAUAUCACUCUUUUAAA